AUGGUUCGCUUGCCGAUGAUGCUCGCUGGAAUGGCUGUCGGCGGCGUGGCAUACAUUCAAUACCAGGCAGCCGCCGCGGGGACCUACGCAAUGGACGUCUUGGGCAAAGCCAGAGACUCGACCAUGGGUGCUGCGAAUGGACUUUUAGAGGGCAUGGGAGGAGUAUUCGCGAGAGUGAGCGACGGGUUUGACAAGACCAAAGACGAUGUCAAGGGCGUGCAGAUGCCGCAGUGGAUGCGGGACAUCUACGAGGGAAAGACAGCAGAAGGCGGUGGUGGAGGCGGUGGUGAAGGUGGACCUAACGAACCUCAGAAAAGCGGCAUGGGCGCUGCGGCGGGUGCUGCUACUGCAGGUGCAUUCGCGCUUAAUGCCGACGGCGAAGAUGACGACCGAUCAGUCGGCGAGGCGGCGCGAGAUGAUCAAAUGAUGAUGCUCACACGGAAGAUGAUUGAGAUUCGCACAUUGCUUCAGACCAUCGGACAGUCGGAGACUCUCACUCUCCCCUCGAUUGUUGUCGUGGGAUCGCAGUCAUCUGGAAAGAGUUCGGUGCUGGAAGCGAUUGUCGGUCACGAAUUCCUUCCCAAAGGAUCCAACAUGGUCACACGUCGACCCAUUGAAUUAACGCUAGUCAAUACCCCCAACGCACAAGCAGAGUAUGGCGAGUUUCCCGCACUUGGACUUGGGAAGGUGACAGACUUCACCCAGAUUCAAAGGACACUCACUGAUCUCAACCUUGCCGUCCCCGAAGCCGACUGUGUUUCAGACGAUCCCAUUCAACUGCGCAUCUACUCUCCUAAUGUGCCUGAUCUAUCACUGAUCGAUCUGCCCGGUUACAUUCAGGUCGAGGCUUUCGACCAGCCAACAGAGCUGAAGACCAAGAUUCAGGACCUAUGCGACAAGUACAUCCAAGCGCCAAAUAUCAUCCUGGCCAUCUCAGCCGCCGACGUCGAUCUUGCCAAUUCUACAGCUCUGCGAGCUUCACGAAGAGCAGACCCACGAGGCGAGCGCACCAUCGGUGUCGUCACUAAGAUGGACCUGGUAGACCCGAUUCGAGGCGCUCAGAUCCUCACUGACAAGAACUACCCGCUUCGUCUGGGAUAUGUCGGCGUGGUAGCCAAGGUACCUUCCGAGUCCAAGUCACUCUUCUCCCGCGGCUCUGCGAGCAUCACCUCCCUCAUCACCAAGAAUGAGACUGCAUUCUUCGGUUCCCGCCCAGAGAUCUUCGGACCGGACAGCAAGCAGAAUCUCACGGUCRGCACGCCUGCUCUCCGAAAGAAGCUCAUGCACGUCCUCGAAGCAACAAUGUCUUCUUCCUUGAAGACUACCAGCGAAGCGAUUAACCAUGAGCUUGCCGAAGCUUCGUACGAGUUCAAAGUGCAGUACAACGAACGCCCUCUGUCCGCAGAGUCCUACCUCGCGGAAUCUCUUGACGCAUUCAAGCAUGGCUUCAAGAAGAUCUCCGAGACGUUUGGAAGGAAAGAAGUGCGCGAGAUUGUUAAGAAAGAACUCGAUCAGCAAGUCCUGAACCUUCUCGCACAGCGGUAUUGGAAUCGUCCAGUUGAGGAUCUCCGCCCUGUCGAUCCGGAUAGUGAGAGCAUUCGCGAUCCUCUAUCCACCCUGCCCAAAGCCGACCCGGAAAAUCCUCUUUGGCACUUGAAGUUGGAUGCAUCGACUUCGACGCUCACAAAGCUUGGAAUCGGUAGACUAGCAGCAAGCGUCACCGCCCAAGCUCUUCACGCUUCGGUGCAGGAGCUGAUUGCCACCACACCAUUUGCCAACCACCCUUUCGCAGUCGCAGCAAUCACACAAGCCAGCGAGAACAUCCUUACCGACCUCGCAUUCGAGACCGCAGAUGAACUAGAAAUCUGCGUGAAGCCUUAUAAAUACCGCGUAGAAGUCGACGAUCAGGAAUGGAAAGCCGGACGGGCCAACAUUACCAGGGUGUUGAAGCAAGAACUUUCAGCUUGCGAGUCUGCGAAGAAGCAGAUUGAGGAGUCGAUUGGUGGGAGGAGAAAGACGAACGACGUGGUGGGAUUCAUCGAGAGGGUGAGAAAGGGGGAAGUUGUUCUUGAGAACCAGGCCGGUGGUGCUGGCGGCUUCUCUUCCGCUUUGCUGGAGAAGGGCAAGGAGGCGCUCUUCUUGUCUGAUCGUGCGAGCAUCCUGAAGAUGCGUAUUGCGGCGAUACAGAGCAGACAAUGUAACCUACCCGGAAACAAGGUGUAUUGCCCGGAAGUGUUUCUGGAUGCUGUGGGGGGAAAGUUGACAAACACCGCUGAUCUGUUCCUGGACGCGGAAUUGUUGAGCAAAUUCUACUAUCAAUUCCCGCGGGUGUUGGAGAAGUGGGGUAGAGAACUGGAUGAGGGAAGCGUGGAGAGAUUGGCCAGGGAGGAUGUCAAGGUCCGGAGACAUUUGGAUGUCGUGAGGAGGAAGGAGGGGUUGGAGAGGGUAUUGAGGGAGAUGGAGGGGUUGAGGAUGCUUGAGGGCAGAGAAAGAGGGAGAGAGGAGAGGCGAAAGGUCGGGCAGGAGUCGAGGAGGAAGGGUUGGUUCAGUUGA